GUCUAGAUUUCUAGAGUCUUUGGUUGCCAGUUUUUUUUUAGCAGGUCCUUGUCCUUGUCAUUCCUGUGAUUGGCCUCGUGUCAGUCUUGUAUGCCUAUUUAUUUGUUAGCAACUGCUUUGCACAGCACAAGGGGAGUGUAGUUUGUCAAGUAAUCAGGCAGGGUUAUAGUGUCCAAACCCUGCCAUCAUGCUGAGUCACUAAAGUCAUUGUGAAGUUAACCAUUAAUUUAAACUGUUUUAAAGGAAGGUGAUUCUCUGACAAAGCCUGUUGUGAGAUUGUUGUGGUGGAGUGGGUGCUUGCAUCACCAUGGCAGACUUUGGGGAGAUUCUCGAGGCUAUUGGAGACUUCGGUCUUUUUCAAAAACUUGUCCUGUUGGGCCUCUCCUUCCCAAGCACCCUGCUUCCAUUCCACCUCACCAGUCUGAUUUUUAAUCAAGGCAAUGAGGGACAGCGCUGUAACACUGACUGGAUUUUAGCAGCGGGCCCCGACUUGACUCUGGAGGAGCAGCUGAAUCUGACCAUACCCAGGCAGCAGGAUGGGUCAUUCAGGACCUGUCACAUGUUCGCCCCUGUGGACUGGGACCUUUCGGCCAUUAGAGAGAAUGGCCUUAACGAGACCACCACCUGCAUCAAUGGUUAUGUGCAUGACUUCUCUGUCUACGAAUCCACGAUAGUCUCUGAUUUUGAUCUAGUCUGUGAUAAGGCAAAUUUAGUUGGCCUAGCACAGACAGUGUUCAUGGCUGGUAUUCUGGUUGGGUCACUCUUGUUUGGACCCUUCGCUGAAUCGAUUGGACGACAGAGGGCCACACAGGUACCCGUUGUCAUCAUGGCCAUUUUCACUUUGGCGACCGGAUUUUCACCCAAUCUAGAUUUUUACAUGGUAUCUCAGUUCAUAGUAGGAGUUUCCUAUGGAGGAUUCCGUGUUAACUGCAUUGUCCUAGCUACUGAAUGGAUUGGAAAGAACAAGCGUGCCUAUGCCUCCUGUUUGACACAAAUACUGGCUGGUUUUGGCCAGUGCAUUCAAGCUGGUAUAGUGUAUUUCAUUCGGGACUGGAGAAUUGCCCAGUUUAUCAUGGGAUCACCAAUUGUAUUGGUGGCUGUUUAUAUCUGGUUCAUCCCUGAAUCGGCCAGGUGGUUGUUGGGUCAGGGGAAAACUGAGCGAGCCAGGAAGUUAGUUCUGAAGGCAGCAGCAAUCAACAAACGCACAAUCCCUGACAGACUGUUAGAGAAGUUCAAAGAAGGGAAGAAAGUGGAGAAAGGAGGCAUCAGAGCACUCUUGGCCUCCUCAGUCCUGAGGAAGUACUUCUUUAGUAUUUUGGUUGGAUGGUGUGCACUGAACCUGGCGUACUACUGCCUGUCACUGAACGUUGGGAAAUUUGGCCUGAACAUAUUCCUCACUCAGUUUGUAUUUGGGAUAACAGAGGUGCCCGCUCACAUCAUCUGCAUCUGGUUGCUGGAGUCGGUGGGGAGGAAGGCCUCUCUCAUAGGUACCCUGCUGUUGGGAGGCUUCAUCUGUCUGCUCAUACUCGUUGUUCCACAAGAUGAGGCUAUUGCUGUUACUGCCCUUGCCACAGUUGGGAGAUUUUUAAUGAAUGGGGCCGGGACUGUGUGCAAUAUUUAUGUCCAGGAGCUUUUCCCCACCUCUAUCAGACAAACUGCCACAGGCUUGGGCGCCACGGCCACGCGGGUGGCGGGCAUGCUGGCUCCUGUGGUGAACCUGCUGGCCGUCUACCACUGGACCAUCCCCACACUGGUGUUCAGCAGCUUUGCUCUAGCCGGAGGGGCCACGGGCUUCCUGCUGCCAGAGACCAGACGCAUGGAGCUGCCCGACUCCACCGAGGAGGCUGAGGGGAAGAGGAAUGUAACGGCCAUGAAGACGAUAGAAGCUCCGAACAUGGGGGACAGUUCCCAAAACUGCAUAGCCACAAAACUUUAAUUCUUGAGUUUGUCCUCAUGAAAACACCAUAGUUUCUGAAUUUAAUUGAUUUACUGAAUUUCAUGUGUGCAGUGGUGCAUUUUUUAACUGUUCAUAUUACAUUACAUUUUUUAUAUUUUGUUUACAUGAACUAAGGGAAGGAAAGGUGUUUUUAUCAUAAGGUGCCAUCAAAGUUUCUUGUGUUGUCAAUGUCAACAUAAAUUUAGCCUAUUAGUUAAUUACUUACACAUGCUUACUGAAGUAUGUCAUGAUCUGCUGGCAUGUAUGUUGUGCUCAUCAUUUUUGUUACCCUAUGCCCUAAGUUAUCCUCAAUGUAGGAAACUAGACUGUCUGAAUGUUUUGUAUAUGAAUAUCAACAUCAUCAUUGUUUUCACAUGUUAAUUUCUAAGAAAUACUCUGUGUGUAAAUAUGUGUAAAGAUGUGUGAAUUAAGUGACAAAUUUAACUCAAUACAGUGCCACCUUCCUUAGUUUAUGUUACAGACAGGGAUGUAGUGGUAAAACAAGAAUGAAUAAAUUAAGGUUAUUUUCCAGUGUUUUUAACAAUAUCAGUGGUAAAUACAUAUUGUGAAUGUAGAUAAUGGAGUGUGAUUUUUGAUUGUUAAAAGUUGCAAUUGGUGAAUAAAUUAUGUUUUCUAAACAAAGUUCGGGAGGAGCCCAUAGGGUUGAUUAACAGGCAUCACUCACCCAACGUCCGGUCAUAGGGUAUAAAACCCUCCUUGUUGCCCUUUCAUGCUGGAGUUGCAAAACCUCCCACCUCCUCCCCUGCUCCUCCAUUUCACUAUUAGCUCUAAGCUCCAAUUACCCCUCAUCCAUAGGGGGUGUUAGCGGACAUCGCUCACAAGUUGGCAUCCCAGGACCACGGCCAGCUACCAAACCAAUCUUGCCAUUCUCUGUACUCAUUUUAAGCAAUCCAAUGGGCAAACUAGUGAAACUCUUUUGAGAGGUGGAUAAACUCUAUUUCUGAAGUUUCAGAGAUCUAUAAAAUGUGUUCACUUGCCUUCAGCCUCCUACAGUCCUGGUCACAGAGUUAAAGUGCUGAUGUCUACAGUAGAAAGCCAUGCUAAAUCAGCUGGGGGUAUUAACGAGGUGUCCCGACUGGUUGAGGUCUCCAUGACCAUGACAAGGACGACGGAGAGCAACAAGAGACGGAUACUGUGUGGACUCCCGCCCGGACAACUGCACUACCCUAUCCCACCCAUAGUGCUCUCUUUACUUAUAAUAGAUACUGUGAUUACACUUACUGUAUAUACACAGCCAUAUUCUACUGCUCUUCAUUCUAUGCAUCCUGAACACUUAUUCUUAUAAUGUUACUGUUUCUGCACUACAAAGGCCUUGUUACCACACUGCACAUAACUACGUACACAUCUGUCUAUAUGGUGCAUUAUACUACAUACCUGUAGCCAUAUUUAUAGUCAUAUACUGUAUAGUCUACUCUUAUAAGGUUACUGCUAAUACACUGCACAUAUUUGUAAUUUAUAUUACUGUAAACCACCUUCUGUAAACCAACUGUAUGCUGUCUACAACACUGCACUAUACUGUAUUCUGUUCUGUCUAUGCACCACCUGUCUAUAGAUUAUCACAUUGCACAUCUCUGCUUUUUUGUACUUCUGGUUAGAUGCAAACUGUAUUUUG